AUUGCUCAACUUACACUGCUUAGUCUUACCUAAUUAGGUUUUGGCCUAGCAUUGUUGUAGUCAUUUGACAUUGAUCUCUCGAUAACAAUUAACCAAAAAUCUAAUAAGUGACAGUGAAUCGGCUUUGGCGAUUAAAUCGCGUUUAGUUCUUGAUUUGGGCAGCCGGUAUGGAUGUGUAUAAUCACACUAAUGGAAGCUUACGGGAUUUUCUAUGGGAUUUCAGGGGGAAAGUGCACUUCGUCGACAAAUGGUACCUGAUGACAAGUCCAAUGCCGAUCUUGGCGAUCUUACUCGUAUAUUUAUUUAUAGUGUUAAAUGUAGGACCUAAAUUAAUGAAAUCAAGACCGGCGAUGAACUUAAACAAAGUGCUUGUAUUGUAUAACGUAGUACAAAUAUUUGUGUCUGUAUUUUUAUUUUCUAAGGGCUUCCAUCUCAUGAAGGCGCAUGGAUUUUUACAAAGGCCGUGUUUGCAGAACAAUGAGAAAGUCAUGAUGGGGGUUACCUCAGGCAUUUACUACUACUUAACAGCCAAAAUAAGCGAGCUACUCGACACUGUCUUCUUUGUUCUAAGAAAAAAGCAAAACCAAGUUACCUUCCUACAUGUAUACCAUCACUCUGGCAUGGUGCUAUACACAUGGUUCGCUUUGAAGUACGAGCCAACGUAUAGUGUGGUGUUUUUAGGCACUGUCAAUUCAUUUAUUCAUAUUAUUAUGUAUUUGUACUACGGGCUGUCGGCGUUCCCUUCGCUGGCCAAGUAUCUGUGGUGGAAGAAGUACAUCACUUCUAUGCAGCUGAUUCAAUUUGUGUUGAUCCUCUUCCAUGCAAUCGCUAACUACGCAUAUGGAAGCUGCCCACCAUCGUACGUCUUAUUUUCCAUGAUAUUGUUCAAUACUGCGUUUCUCCUACUUCUGUUUUUCAACUUUUAUGUUAAAUCCUAUGUUAAGAAUACGUCAUCUAAAACGGCGAAGAAAAAAAUUACAUAAUGAGAAAGAUAAAAUUAGAAGUUUU